AUGCUCGCCUCGAAAGAUCGUGGGCUCGUGUUCCAGGGCACACCAUCGAACCGUAACAUCAUUGACGCCGUGCACUUCUCGACUUUGCUCAGCUCCAGUCUUCUGGCUACUGCCACCACUGUCGUGGCGAAUCCCACUCGUGGCUCCAAGUCUGACGGUCUCGCGAAUGCGAUGCGUGCCAAGGGCAGCAACAAGAACGACUUCAACUCCAUCACCCCCGAGAAUGCUCAAAAGUGGGAAGUCACCGAGCCAUCCCGUGGCAACUCCAGCUUCGCAGAUGCCGAUCGAUACGUCGACUAUGCCACUUCGCACGGCAUCCAGAUACAUUGCCAUAACUUGGUUUGGCAUAGCCAGCUCCCGACUUGGGUGUCUGAAGGUGGUUUCGACCAUGCCACCUUGAUCCAGGUGAUGAAGGAGCAUAUUCAAGCUCUUGCUGGCAGGUACAAGUGCAGGUGUACCCGGUGGGAGGUUGUCAAUGAAGCUCUCAAUGAAGAUGGCACUACGGUGUGA